AUGGCAGAAGCUUCUGUUCCUCAAGAUCUUUCGUCUUAUGAGUACGAACCUUCCUGUCCUUUGCCCAGUGGAAGAGAAGCCAGGGACCACGUUAUAAGCAAAGGACCUUGCCAGCCAAGAGAUAUAAAUUUUCCUUUGGAUAACCGGAAUCGUAAGUUUCUAGUAUCGUGGUAUGAGAAAUUUCCUUGGUUAGAGUAUUCUGUCUCGUUGGAUAAAGCUUUUUGUUUCGUCUGCAGAGUGUUCAACGCACAGGUGAGUUAAUUGUGUGAUUUGCGCUUUAAUUAUUUUCCUAAGUUAGUCCUAACCUUGUUAAGUUGUUUACACUUAAUGCGUACCGUUUAAUUUGCAAUUAUACAUGGACCAUGGCCCUGGUAGUGUUUAAUUAUAUAUCAAAAUGCGAUGUGUAAUACUCAAUACUGUUGUUUUAAAUAAUUACUAAUUAUCGCAAAAGUAUGAAAAGUUCCACAAACAAACUAUAAUUCAUCCUCUCUGUAUCGUCAAAUAGUUGAUAUGUAUUAUAAAAAUACAAGAAACGCUUCUUAUAUUAUGACAACGUAAAACAAUGACAUUUGUCUUCUUUGCAUGCAGACGUCGUCAAGGAGUGAACCUACCUUCAUCAAAACUGGUUUUAGUAACUGGAAAAAGAGCGAAGUCUUCGCAAAGCACGAGAAGUCAGAUUGCCACAAGCAUUCACUUCAAGCUCAUCGUCACUGGAAAUCCCAGAAGCCAAUACAUCAUCAAAUAGACGAAGAAAAUGAGAGACAAGAGUCAUAUCGUCAACAAAAUGUACGUAUUGCCAUUUGCCAAAUAUAUAUAACUUUGACAGGCCAUCUGUGCACAACAUUACAGACGAAGUAAGCGUGUGAAAACGCCAGUUUUGCAUAAAAAUGUCGGUGAUAUGGUGGUAAUCCUGGUAAUACGUUUAUUCCUAAGAAACAAUUGAGUGACGCGUAUAAAGUUAACACAGUUAGGAUUUUUUUAAAAUUGUAUCCUUUUAUUUUCAGGUAAAAAAGAACCGAACUGUAAUUGGUAAGAUCAUUGAUGUUGUUCGACUUCUUGGAAAACUGAAUUUACCAUUUAGGGGACACCGCGAGGAUAAGAAUUCUUUAAACAAAGGGGUGUUUAAAGAAUUUCUUGAACAUAUAGCAAAGUCUGAUUCUCUUAUUGAAGAUCAUUUACGAAAUUCUGCAGGUAACUAUAUCAUUCACUGGUUCAGUAACGUUAAGGUUACUACGAAUAUUCGGUGGAAUAUAGGGAUAUAUGAAACUGCAUGAUAAUAGAAUGGAAUAAGGAAUAAUAAAGAUAAACUGAAGUCGUAAUUAUGAUAAUUCUGUAAUUAUUUCUUUUUAUUGAUUUCAGAAAACGCUAAAUACACUAGCCCUGAGAUCCAAAAUCAGUUGAUCAAGGUGGUUGGUUCAGCUAUAUUAGACGAAAUCAUACGUCGUGUCAAAGGAGCCGAGAUGUAUGCAAUCAUUGCAGAUGAGACACCAGAUCUUAGUAAAACGGAACAGUUAACUGUACUUGUUCGCUAUGUCUGGAAUGGAGUGAUAGAAGAACGUCUUUUAGCUGUAGAACCUAUGGAAGAAACCACAGCUGAAGCGCUUUUCCAUACCAUCCGAGAGAAAUUACAACAGUGUGGGAUAGAAUUUUCAAACAUGCGUGGACAAUGUUAUGAUGGUGCAAGUAACGUGUCUGGAAUCCAUACCGGACUGCAAGCACGCAUCAAAGAGAUUUCCCCGUCAGCAAUUUACACACAUUGCUAUGCUCAUGUUUUAAAUCUGGUCAUCGUGGACACAAUGAGUAACAAUAGUUAGCAAGAGAUUUCUUUGGAACGUUGCAAAAUCUAUACGUGUUCAUCGAAACUUGCACAAAACGACAUGCUGUGUACUUGAAACACCAGAGAAAGUUGAAUGCGUCAGAUGAUGAAGGAAAAAAGAAGCGUGAGUACGUUCUGAAGAAAUUGUCUGAUACAAGAUGGGCAUGUCGGGCGGACAGCAUCACCGCAAUUUACCACACACUCGAGGCUGCCAUCGCGACUCUAAAAGAGAUCAGAGAAAAUGAAAAGAAGGCUCACAUUGCAGCAGAAGCAAAGGGGUUGUUUCAGAACGUCUGUGAUUUUGAAUUUGUUUUGGCUUUGGAGGUACUGUUUUGAUGACAAAUGUACCGUGAUUUAUAUUUCAUUCAUUUUUAUUUUUAAUGAAAAUUUAAUAAUGUGAGUUGAUCAUUUUUAUUAAGGUGCUGAAGAAAGUCCUGCUACUCAGUAAGGGAGUGUCAGAUAAGCUGCAGUCAGAGGACUUGGAU